AUGACUAAGAAUAGAAAGAGGGUGCAAGAGAAUGCGACAGAGGGCGCAAUGGAGGAUGCAAUGGAUGAAAGCAAUAUUUGGAGAUAUCCUGAAGGCCUACGUGGGAGGGCCCUAGAGGCUCUAGAGGCGGUGCUGGAGGCCCGCGAGGGAAUACAAGAGCAUGUGCUAUUAUUAGAUGGCGGGAGGAAGAUCUUUGGUGCUGCAGCUGAGGAGCAGCUACUGGUUAACGCACCUGGCGGCCUGCUGAAGGCCUGGAAUUUGUGUCCGUGCAUGAUUCCUAUGAGUCCGCAUGCUAGCAGUAUCGAGAAUUUGACGGACAUCAUCCCAGACACCUCCAUCACGCUGCAUUUCUCGGACAUCCUUGAGAAAGUAGUUAUGGAGGCAACCGCACUUCAUGAAGAUGUGGAAGCUCCACCCAUCGCCUGGAUUUCUCAGGAACCCGAGGCUGAGACUACGAACCCUAUGCUAGGAAAGCUCAAGUGGUCUAUGGAGAACUGA